AUGGAUUUUCUUCGCGAGAAUCAUGCCGAAGUUGUUUGUUUCGAUAAGAUGAUUUGUUUUUCCCUUUCAAACAGUGAUCAAUUAUGUGUCUAUGGUGAAGUACUCUCAAAGGAGUUGAAGCUUAUGUCUUGUGUGCAAGCAAGCAAGUGUUUACGCAAGGAAUACUUUGUUUUCUUAGCCCAUAUUGUGAAGACGAAGGACGAGAAGAAAACCGUGAAAGACGUUCCUGCUAUUUGUGAUUUUCCUAACGUUUUUCCCGACGAUUUUCCCAGUUUACCCCCUACUCGUGAUAUCAAUUUUGGUAUUGAUUUAAUCCCAGGUGCUACACCGGUUGCAAAAGCUCCCUAUCGCCUCGCACCAUCCGAAAUGCGUGAGCUAUCUAGCCAACUUCAAGAAUUGCUUGAUAAAGGAUUUGUAUGCCUUAGCACAUCACCAUGA